UAGAUUAGACAGUAGGCACUGUGGUUUGGGACUUCUGCUCCAAGCAGCCUGUGGCUGUGACUGAUUGCUCUGCUCCAUGGCCACUUCCGACCAUAAAGAUCAGGCAUGGAUCCCCAAAUAUUUCAAGAAGAAAGUCUGCACAACUUUCAUUGAGCAACCUAGUGAUAUAGGUGCCUCCGAUUUCUGCCAGUGUGGCAGCCCUCGCAAAAACCAUACAUCAGUAGCCAUAGAAGAUGCUUUUGGAGCAGCCAUUGUCAGCAAAUGGGACUCAGCACAACAUACCACAGAGAGGCCAACGGAUGCAUAUGGGGAGGUAGAAUUUCUAAGCACUGGCCGUAGACCAAGCAAGUUCAUUCGCCUCUCUGACUCAUCUGAUCCUGCAAAUGCUUAUGCUUUAGUAACGCAUCACUGGAAAAUCCCACACCCCAACUUGGUGGUGUCAGUGGUGGGAGGUGAAGGUGAGGGGCCUGUAAGGGCCUGGCUCAAAGAUGUUCUGAGAAAGGGGCUGGUUAAAGCAGCUCAAAGCACAGGUGCCUGGAUUAUGACAAGUGGUCUCCAAGAUGGUGUCGGCCGGUAUGUGGGGGAAGCAGUGAGAGACCAUGCUAUGGCCAGUACCAGCCGCAGCACUCAUGUUGUAGCAAUGGGCAUUGCUCCAUGGGGUAUCGUUGAACAGCACCAUUCUCUUGUGAACCCCAAGGGUUCCUUCCCAGCACGUUACCCCAGGACAAACCCUGUGAGCCCUUUCUGCCCUCUAGAUGCCAACCAUUCUGCCUUCUUCUUGGUGGACAAUGGGACACUGGGGAGAGCAGGCGGAGAGGCCGCCUUCCGAGCCCGUUUGGAACGCUAUAUUGCCCAGCAGAAAGUGGGAGCUGGCGGUGAAGGGAGCAUUGAGAUUCCUGUGUUGCUGCUGCUCAUCAGUGGGGACUCAGCCAUAUUCAAGCAUGUAAGCGGUCAAGCAAGGCCACCUGUUAUCUGGAUGAGCUACGCCUGGCGGUAGCCUGGAAUCGGGUGGACAUUGCCAGCACAGAAUUGUUCCGUGGGGACAUUCUCUGGGAGCCCAGCCUGCUGGAGAACCCAAUGCGUGAUGCAUUGCUAGGUAAUCGAACUGACUUAGUGCGCCUCUUUGUGGAGAAUGGCUUGGAUGUAGGACAGUUCCUGACAUGGGGAAAGCUGGAACAGCUGUAUGCUGGGUCCCCCAAGGUCUCGCUGCUGCGCCAGCUUUUGGAGCGAUGCCAAGGGACAGGCUCUGAGCCAUCCUCCCCUCCCGAAGACGUGCUGCUGGAACGAUCUUUGCCCGAUUGCCAUUUAUCUCAUGUGGCUCUUAUUCUGCACGAGCUACUAGGGGAUGUCUGUGCUCCUUUUUAUGCAGGACUAUACCCUAUUGGCCACAGAGGGAUAGGGAAAAAAGGAUUAUUAGCGAAUGGAGAUUCCUCCUACCAAAAUGAACGGUCACCAAACCCAUGGACUGACCUAUUUAUCUGGGCAGUGUUGCUGAAUCGAAAAGAGAUGGCAAUUUACUUCUGGGAAAUGGCACCUGAUGCAGUGGCUGGGGCAUUGGCGGCAGCAAAAAUACUGCGGGAACUUUCACAUCUAGAGACAGAGACAGAGGAAGUGGCAGCCCUGAAGGAUUUAGCAAUGCACUUUGAAAACUUGGCCAUAGGAGUAUUCAGUGAAUGUUACCGUAACAGUGAGCCACGGGCCUACAAACUACUGGUGCGCUGUUCCCACCUCUGGGUUGGAGCCACUAUCCUCCAUCUGGCUCACCAGGCUGAUGCCCGUUUCUUUUUUGCACAGGAUGGUGUCCAGUCCCUGCUUACCCAAAACUGGUGGGGAGAAAUGGACCGAAGUACUUCUGUCUGGAAGCUACUUCUCACAUUUUUUUGCCCCCCUCUCAUCUUUACUGAACUCAUUACAUUCAGGAGCAUGGAGGAUGAUCUGCAGCUGGAUUCCUUGGAACAGCUUGAAUUGGACAGUCUUGAUACAGAUGUGAAAAGUACCAUCGGAGACAUGUUGUCUGAAAGUUUGGAACCUCCAUUCCCUCUUUCUGUUCGACAACUGUGGUUACGACGAUGGCAUCAAUUCUGGGUGGCACCUGUGACAGCAUUCCUGAGCAAUGUGGUGAUGUACUUGCUCUUCCUCUUCCUCUUCUCCUACGUUCUGCUGCUGGAUUUUGACCCUCCACCUCCCAAAGGUCCAUCUGGAACUGAGAUAGUUCUGUACAUCUGGGUCUUCACACUAGUCUGUGAAGAGGUGCGUCAAGGAUGUUUUGUGGGAUCCCAACCUUUGUUGCAGAGAGUACGGAAGUACUUCCUGGACACAUGGAACCAGUUUGAUAUCACGGCCCUGCUACUCUUCAUGGUAGGGCUAGUGUGCAGGCUGUUUCCUUCAUCAUAUGAAUCAGGACGCACCAUUCUGUGCCUGGAUUUCAUGAUCUUCACACUUCGUCUCAUCCACAUCUUUGCAGUCAACAAACAGUUGGGGCCCAAGAUGAUUAUCGUUGGCAGGAUGAUGAAGGAUGUAUUUCUGUUUCUCUUCUUUCUUGGAGUGUGGUUGGUAGCCUAUGGGGUCACGACUGAGGGUCUCCUCCUCCCCCACGAUAGAAGAAUCCCUUGGAUAUUUCGACGUGUUUUCUACCGACCUUUCUUGCAAAUUUUCGGACAGAUCCCACUCAGUGAAAUUGAUGCUACCCAGAUUACAGCCUCAAAUUGCACCUAUGACCCUUUAGCCAUCUUGAUUGAGGACGCGAACCCUUGUACCAAUACCUAUGCUAACUGGCUGGUGCUCAUUCUUCUUGUGAUCUUCCUGCUGGUAGCCAAUAUUCUGCUCCUCAACUUGCUGAUUGCAAUGUUCAGUUACACGUUCUCCAAAGUGCAAGACAACAGUGAUAUUUACUGGAAAUCACAGCGUUAUAACCUUAUCUUAGAGUAUCAUAGUCGGCCUGCUUUGGCUCCACCCUUCAUCCUGAUCAGCCACCUACAUCUUUUGUUCAAGCGUCAUAUCCGCAAGGUGCCGUCAGCAAAGAGGCGUGACUUCUUGCUAGAACUCUCUGAGAUCCAAAAUAGACGACUACUGACGUGGGAAUCGGUACAGAAAGAAAAUUACUUAGUAACCCAGGCUCGACAGAAACGUGACAGCGACACUGAGCGACUCCGGAGAACUUCCCAAAAAGUCGAUCAGGUUUUAAAGCAGCUUUCUGAUAUCAAAGAAUCAGAGCGACAUCUGAAGAACCUUGAAAUUCAGAUGGAGUAUUGUACCAGUACCUUGUCUUGGAUGGUAGAUAUCUUGGCCCAGAGUGACCUAGCAAAAGGAAAACAAGUUCCACCUAUUCAGAAAAAAGAUUGAACUUUUCCAUGGCACA